AUGGUGAUGGUACUCGCUCCGAUAGCCAGAGGCGUCGUUGAAGAUGUCGAAAUCAGCGCUGCUAUGAAAUUGCCUGGAGUCGUUGCCUACAUCGAUCACAAAGAUGUCAGGCCUGGAGCAGCCCUAGGACAUGCCCAAGACACGCCUAUAUUUGCCAAUGGAGAGAUAUCUUAUCACGGACAACCAGUCGGUGCAGUGAUAGCGCAGGAUCAUGAGACAGCCCGACGAGCGGCCCACUGCGUCAAAAUUCAUUGUACCCCGCAAAAGCCUAUCGUUACGAUCGAGGAUGCGAUUGCCAGCUCGUCAUAUUUUGCGGAAAAACCAAUGGCGAUGCAUAGCUUUAUGAGCGGAUGUCUGGAUCAGCCUGCAGCACCGGACUGGUCCACCAUGAAGAACAUUGUUAAGGGGUCCGUGAAAAUCGGCGGCCAAGAGCAUUUCUAUAUGGAAACUAACAGCUUCAUUGUUAUACCCGGUGAAACGGAUGAGCUGGAGGUGAUCGCUUCAACACAGUCCGUCACUGACGUACAAGAGUCAGUAGCACAAGCACUGGGCUUGGCACAACAUAAAGUGACAGUCCGGACUAAACGGAUCGGUGGUGGUUUUGGUGGCAAAGAAAGCAGUAGCUGCUUGUUCGUGGUACCUGCAGCCAUCGCUGCUGUGAAGUUGCACCGCCCAGUGAAAAUAACGAUGGAGCGUUUCGAUGAUAUGGCUAUGUCCGGAACAAGACAUCCGUUUCGAUGUGAUUACAAAUGCGGAAUCGACAACGAUGGCAAAUUGCGAAAACUUGAAAUGAUGUUUUAUAGCAAUGCUGGCCAUUCUCUGGACCUUUCCAUCGGCGUCAUGCAUCGUGCGAUCACACACUGCGACAACUGCUAUAAAUUUCCAUACGCUGAUGUAUACGGACGGUUAUGUAAAACAAAUCUGGCAUCGAAUACGGCAUUUCGUGGCUUUGGAGCACCGCAGGCUAUGUUUGCUUGUGAGACAAUGAUGUAUCAUGCUGCAAAACAAAUUGGACUUGAUGUUAAUGAGGUUCACAUCUGCAUUCAUCUUUUUCCAUGUUUCUGA